AUGCCAGGUCUUUUCAUUGACGUGCCACCCAUCGACCGCUCACCCAGCGCGAUAGCUCUCGAAUGCGAAGACACUACUGUCCAAGCUCGAGUCGAAACGUGGAACAUCUCUCUUCAUACAGGGGUUACCGUGUUCAUGCGAGAGACGCCACAGGCAAAUCUGAUGCUUUUCUCGGCACACACUGCACUCGCAGAUAUACUGGAUCGUCCAGAGGAGUAUGAUUUUACUGAUUUUACAGAAGAUGACACGACGGAUGAGGGCGGGGCAAUCUGGGCCGACGAGCUGCAUGUUACAAACGCCGUCCACGAAGUAAUGGCUGACCGCAUGUUGGACAUGUAG